UCUCUACGCGACGCCGCUUUGGAGCGCAUCAAGCGAAGAAGAAGAAGAAGAAGAAGAAGAAGAAGACUGGUGGUGACGGUGGAAUGAAGCGGAGCGCGUCGGAGUUGGUCCUGGAGGCGUUAUUUCAUCACCACGGCGACGAUCGGAGCUCCCCUUCGCUUUCCCUGGAGGAGCUACUCCUCCCCGCCGCCCUGGGUUUCGGCUGGGUGAGUUGAUUUACUCUCUUUCUCUCUCUUUGAUGGAUCCGCAAUUUUACGAGAUUUCGCCCAUCGGAGCUGAUUCGAUCGAUCCCGCCGUUGCCUCUUUUUGGUGUGAAACGAAGCCGGAUGGGAUGGCCGGACCAGACUUGGUCUCAGAAUCCGACGGCCAAACACAUACAGAUGGAAUCACAGUCGCUGAUUUUUGGUAUUCGUGCUUUGAUCCUUUGUUUAUCUCCAUCGCUCUCAUUGGUUCCUCUUGCGGUCUUGCCAUUCUUUUUUCUCCAUGGAAAUCUCUGCGGAACACUCUUACUCUGUAGCACAUCUUGAGUUUACAAAUUAUGAUGGUAGAAAAACUGCAUCAUUGAUUGGAAAAACAUUGUAGUCCUGCGAGUGACAUCUGAGAGGGUAAGAACAGUAAGAAGAAAAUGAAUGUUUUAAAUCGAAUUACAUUAUUCAAAUCUCAGCAAUUAAAUUUUUAAUUUUUAUAUUCUAUCUUUGGAAUAUUGUUCCAAAAUUUGGUUAACUAUAAUAGCAACUUGAAUUGAGAUUUAUGUAAUCUUCAUUUGUUUCAUCAGAUUCUCAAGUUUGCAAUCAAAGAAAGUCAUCAGAAUAGGAAAUAUUAUGUCUGGAACCAAUUAUGAAAUAGUAUUUUAAGUGCAUUUGUUAACAUUUCUACUUCAACAGUGUUCUGUCAAGAAGCUUCAAUUACCAUUUUCCUUUUUUUCCUCGUCUUUUACUACUUAACUGUUUUCUAGUCAAAAUCCUGUAGGCAAUCUUCAGGUGAAAUUUGUCUACAUGCUUUAUGUUACGCAACAAUUCUUUUAGAUCUCAAUGUCUAAGCAAUUGUUUGGAAUAAGUGUUAGCAAAUGAGUUUUAGUUUGUAGCAUUUUAAGAUACACAUAUCAAGUUUCUAUUCUUCUUCCUUUCCAUUUUACUCACCUCAAUUAUGCACAUGCUUAUCGAAAAAGAUUAUAAGAAAAUCCACCUGUUGAUAGCGUAAUCCCUCAGCAUUAUAACAUCUGAAAUACUUUCUUCUGUGUUUUAUUCCUAUUUUAGCUGGGACACCAAUUUCAUGUCAUAAGGCUGCAAAAACAAAUCAAAUUCUUGGAGGAGCAAGCGGAUCUGAACAACCAGGUAGUUCGCCUUGCUACAACAUAACUUGUUCUUGCAUCAUAUCAUUCUUAUUCACAAAACAGAAACAAGGAUGGUGUGACCGACACCGACGAUCAAGAAAGAAAAAGCGAGCCCAUGUUGCUGAUCUUUAGCUGCAGGUUGAUUACCAGCUCUACCUGAAAAUGAUGUGUAGAUGCACGGUCCAGAUUGGUUUGCUUUGCCUCACAUUGAAGGAGAUGUAUGGACGAGCGAAAGCGACACAGUCCAGAUCCGCGCCACGCGUCUCAAUUAGGACCAUCCGCUCCGUCCGUUACGGGCGGGCCAACCCGCGUUUCGGUCAGGAGGAGAGACUCAUUGUUGCCCUGCGAUCUACGCUCUGCGACGACCAACGGCGAGGAUGCUGCCCGAGUCGAUGCGGGGUAGGCCUCCUCGCCUUUAAGAGGCCUCGCACCGCUGCCCUUUCCUCCUCGCACCAGGCGAAGAGAUUGGCUUCGUUUCGCGUCUCGAAACCCUCGACGUUUUGAUUCCUCCUCCUUUCUCCUCCUCCCCCUCCGCCGUCUCUCUCCGGCCGGCGUCCGCCUCUCUCCGGCGAGUCUUGCUUUAUCCCCUUUUCCCAUUUCAGAUUAUCGUAGAUCCUCUCCGGGUAACAGAGGGAAGAGACCUUGCCGGAUCCCGCCCGAUCUUAGGCCGAUAAUUGCCGGUUGAUGGCGUCGGCGAUUCUGGCGAGCAGUAAUGAGCAGCACUGGCGAGAACCGAAUGAUUACAUGAGGAAGAAUCCCAUUUCAAACCCUAACCCUAACCCUAGGUCCGUCCUUAAUUUCUACGCCGGCGACCAUGCGGCGGCGGCUCGAUUCCACGCCAUGGAGGGCGACGAGGCGAUGCCGAACUGUUAUGCUGCUCGGUCGGAAGACUCCUCUUCCUUAAAUCGGAAGCUCGUCAGGGGUCUCAACAGCAGGGAUCUCGUCGCUUCUGGAGCCAGCAGAUACGCGUCUUUCCACCUCUCGAUGUUAUCCAAGGGGGAGCGCAGGGAGCUGAAGCGCAGGCUGAUAUCGGAGCUCGACCAAGUGCGGAGCUUGAAGAGCCGGAUCGAGUCAAGGGAGAUCCAGUCCUCCGCCCGAUCCGCCGGAUUUAGCGCGUCGGGAAUCUAUUGUGGUGGCCGGGAGGUCACCUCCUCCGCAUCAAUCCGCGAUCCCAUGAUUUCGAAGCCUUCAGAGCUCUUCCUCAAUUCUCACCGAGAUCUGAGGCUACAGGCGCGGUCAGCGGAAUUAGGUAAGCUCCUCUCCUCCACAAUGAAAAAGUGCGGCCAGAUCUUGUCAAAGCUGAUGAAGAACAAACAGAGCGGAUGGUUCAACUCGCCUGUAGACGUUGAUGGAAUGGGCCUCCAUGAUUACUUCCAGAUCAUCAAGAUGCCAAUGGACCUGGGGACGGUGAAGAAGAAGCUCAACAAGGGGCUCUACCCUUCCCCGGCGGAGUUUGCAGCAGACAUUCGAUUGACCUUUAACAAUGCCUUGCUGUACAAUCCGCCAGGGCACGUGGUGCACAAGUUUGCCGAACAAUUCCUCCUGCAAUUUGAGGGGCUAUUUGCACCGGCCUUCAACAAGUAUGAGAAUCAGCGGAUUGCUCUGGAGCAGGAAAUGCAGAAGUAUCAAUCUCCAGCCAUGGAGAUGAUUGUCAGAAAUGAUCCACCACCACCGCCGGCAUUGUCACAAGCGUCCCCAGUGCAAGCACCGAGCUCACCCCCUGCUUUGAGCCCUUUGCUAGCGCCACCUCAACAGCUAACAAGGACCCCGGCGAAGCUCCCGAGACCCAAGGCGAAGGACCCCAUUAAGAGGCCGAUGACCCUUGCGGAGAAACAGAAGUUGAGCGAGGGGUUGCAGAGCCUGCCUCAGGAUAAGAUGCCCCAAGUUCUCAACAUCGUGACCAAGCGAAACGCUGCCACGUCGCAGAAUGAUGACGAGGUCGAGCUCGACUUUGAUACGAUGGACACGGACACGCUCUGGGAGCUCGAUCGGUUCUUGUGCAACUUUAAGAAGACGGUCAACAAGAUGAGGCGUCACGAGGCGAUGGCAAAGGGGCUCAUUCCUCCCCCAGCAACCGGCCAAGCCACCCUACCUCCUCUCCCCGCUACGGACGGCGCUGGUGGCGGCGCCUACAUGUCACCGAAGGCGAAAUUAACUACUGCAGAAGAGGAGAUCGACAUCGGCGAUGACUUGCCAGCUACAAAUUACCCGUCGGUGGAGAUUGAGAAAAACGCCGGUUGUGACAGUGUCUCCGGUAGCUCCGACAGUGAUUCUUCUUCUUCCAGCGAUUCCGAUUCUGACUCAACCGACAGUGAUUCUGACAACAACGAUGGACGAUCUCCGAGGAAUAUGGAGCAACCGGAAGCUUGCAUCGACCACGGCGUGAACCUGCACUUUGGCAUCAAUGGAAGGAUCCAUUUGCCAUUUGGAUAGAAGAGAAGGCAAGUAUGAUACCAAAACUUAAUUGGACUUCAACAGAGUAAGCUCAUUAUUAUAUGUUUUUACCUUAGUUGAUCAGGAAGGAAAGAUUUCCGAAGCAGCUUUGGCAGGAGUCUUAGUAUUCAUAUCGACAAUGGACAAGGUAGUCAAUAGGUAUUAUUUCGGUCCAGCUCC